AUGGCUUUGCUGGGGCUGCUCGUCCUGCUGGCCCUGGCCGGGCCCCUGGGGGCCACCUGGGACACCUGCAGAGGCACCUGCGGGCUGCGGCCCAUGGCCUUCGACCACAGCUCCGUGUCUGCCAACUACGACCCCUCCGACGGUGACUACGCAACCUUGGGCUCUUCUGAUGCCACCUCCCUCAACGUGGAUAGCCUCGGCGUCCCCUCAGGGACCUGGCCUGGCAUUGUCAGCGUCCAGGCCACCCUGGAGAACGGCACGUGGCACAUGUGCUCGGGGGCACUGAUCCACCCCCAGUGGGUGCUCACGGUCGCCCAGUGCUUCUUCAGGUCUGGGGACAUCUCCAUUUACAAGGUGGUGAUGGGGACCGCGGAUGUGGCCCAGCCGGGCCCCGAGGCUGCGGUGAGACGCAUCCAGAGGCUCCUGAAGCACCAGAACUACGUGGCUGCCACGGCAUGGAACAACAUCGCGCUGCUGGAGCUGGACCAGCCCGUGGAGUGCAGCGACUACAUCCAGCUGGGCUGCGUGCCCGACAGCUCCCUGGCAGUGCCCAAGCUGAAAACCUGCUACAUCGCGGGCUGGAGAGCCACCCCGGACAGCGCCCCCAGCCCACGCCUGGUGCUGCAGGAGGCCAAGGUGCGGCUCAUCGACGUCCAGCUGUGCAACAGCAGCCGCUGGUACGGGGGGGCCGUGCACCCCCAGGACCUGUGCGCGGGGUACCCGCGGGGCGGCAUCGACACCUGCCAGGGGGACAUCGGGGGUCCCCUCGUGUGCAAGGACCACGUUGGUGACUACUUCUGGCUGGUGGGACUGGCCAGCUGGGGCAAGGGCUGUGUUGGAGAGAAGAGGCCCGGGGUGUUCGCCUCCACCCAGCACUUCCGUGAAUGGAUCCAGAUCCAGAUGGGAAAGGCGGCGGCAGACCCAAGCCUCACACCGACAGAGCCAGCCCCGACGCGAGCCCCGAACCCCAUCCUGUCCCCAACCCCAUCCCUGACCCUGACUGUCAUCGAGACGUCACCGCAGCCGGAAUCAGAGACCUUCAUAACGAUUUCAUUCCCAAAGUCCAUCCUGCUGGCAUUCUUCGCGAGUCUGCAGAAGUUCCUGGAGUUCCUGAAGGACAAAUUAAGCUGA